AUGGCAAUCAAUGGUGCAGUUGAAGAGCAGCAGGCAACAUGGCGUCAUCCGGGGCAAUGGAUUUGUGCCUGCGGUCUGGGUUCGCUUGGGCAUGCGGCUAAGAUAGGCGAGAGCGGCAGGCAGAGGCUGAUGUGUAUUGUGCCAGUCAGUCGUCUACCUAUGUUGGCGACGACGAAGACGUGGAGGGAGCUUCUAGACUGUGGAUGGGGUUCGUGCUGGCUCGGCCACGAUGGGGAACAGAGCACACGGACGGACAUGCUGGCUCGGCACGGUUGCAAACCUGUUGCUGGUUGCAAUAAGCAAAGCGAUGCCCCACCUGUUGGUGCAUACUUGCAGAGUGUAGUAUGGCCGAACAGCGCAACAGAGGCUGCACCCGUGCCCAAAGACACUGCACCCUGGCGGAUGGACGACCCCAAGGCAGAGCUACACGUGUCACGGCUGUCGGUGACCUACGCACGUCAGGACGGGCUUUGUCGGGAUUGGGCUCCACGGCGGCUCCCGUCGAGCCUCUUUGCCAUGGGUCUGGUAGGCGUGCAUACGGGUUGGGCUGUGGGCGGUAAGGGACGUGGACAAUGA